AUGUGUGACCAGACGUUCGUGGCCAUCACGUUUGGCCCCUGUGACAGCUGCACCAAGGCGAGCCCUCUGAUGAACAUCUACAUCAAGAACGAGCCCAUCAACUACUGCUCCUUCUGUGUGGAGAUGGUGGCCGAGAAGGUUGAGGUGCUUGGUGCCCUGUCUCUCAAGACCAGGCGCACGCUGAAGGGUCAUGGGAACAAGGUGCUGUGUAUGGACUGGUGCAAAGACAAACGCCGGCUGGUCAGCUCCUCACAGGAUGGAAAAGUGAUUGUUUGGGAUGGUUUCACCCUCAACAAGGAACAUGCAGUGACGAUGCCAUGUACAUGGGUCAUGGCAUGCGCCUACGCCCCGUCAGGCUGUGCGAUCGCAUGCGGAGGAUUGGAUAACAAGUGCUCAGUCUACCCGCUGUCACUUGACAAAAACGAGAACCUGGCAGCCAAGAAGAAAUCUGUCGCAAUGCACACCAACUAUCUGUCGGGAUGCAGCUUCACCAACUCUGACAUGCAGAUCCUGACAUCAAGCGGUGAUGGCACAUGUGCGUUGUGGGAUGUAGAGAGCGGUCAGCUCCUACAGAGUUUCCAUGGCCACACAGCUGAUGUCCUGUCCCUUGACCUCGCCCCCUCCGAAACAGGAAAUACAUUCGUCUCUGGGGGCUCUGAUAAGAGGGCCAAUGUGUGGGAUAUGCGCUCUGGACAGAACGUGCAGUCCUUUGAGACCCACGAGUCUGACAUCAACUGCGUAAAGUACUACCCCAGUGGAGAUGCAUUUGCCUCUGGCUCCGACGACGCCACAUGCCGUCUUUUUGAUCUGCGUGCUGACCGUGAGGUGUCCAUUUAUCAAAAGGACAGCAUCAUCUUUGGUGCUACAAGUGUGGAUUUCUCCUUAAGUGGCCGCCUCCUUUUUGCUGGCUAUAACGACUACACCAUAAACAUCUGGGAUGUGCUGAAGGGGAAUCGCAUCUCUGUUCUGUUUGGCCAUGAGAACCGUGUCAGCACCGUCAAAGUGUCCCCCGAUGGCACGGCAUUCUGCUCAGCCUCUUGGGACAACACCCUGAGGAUCUGGGCCUAGAUCUGAAGUCACUGUCGUGAUCCACAACUCUGCAAAUGGCAUGUGAAGGUGGAGCCAGGAUCUUGUGAUUGACAAUGAGCAGCCCUGGCUGAAAUUGACACUACUGCUAGGUUUUGCUACUGCAUAUUAUCACAUCAGUCAUGCCGACAGACAGACAGACAGACAGACAGACAGACAGACAGACAGACAGACAGCUUGUAAGUCAUUAAAUCAGUGUCUCCUUGCAAUGUAGGUUUGACAUCAGUAUUAUGAUGGAGCUGUUCAUGCGAAUGGACAAUUGUUCUAAAAGUUUGUGUUUGUAUACUUUGUUUUUCUUAGCUGGAUGGCUGAUAUUGUAUUGUUAUGUUUAAGUUAUUGCUAUUGAUGAGAUUGUAAAAUCCAGUGUAAAGAGUCUAAAUGACUAUUAACGAAAUUACUGCCCUGUGACUCUGUAAUGUAUACAAGGAUGUUGUUACUGAUUUAUUUGUACAUUAUGUACAUUAAUUCACUGCCACUGCUGCUGAUUGCUCUGCCCUGGGGACUGUUAUUAAAAGGUCAGAAAGUCCAUUUGUGCAGGGAAGUAGCAGGUCUGCAUACAGUGCUGUUAUGACCGCUGCAGCGUUCUGUAGUAGGCUAUGUCCUCAUCUUCUUGGGAAACCUGAUGAACUUUUUAAUGUGUGGGGAAGCCCGGCCUGAGUGGCUAAAAUGUAGGAGGCAGGCUCAAAACUGUUCUAUUUAACAACAAUGAUGUACUCACAGGGUGUAGCUACACAUGAAACGAAAGAACAUGAAAAAAGAAAGCAAACGAACAAAUUAACAGUUAACUCAUCUUAACGGAACAAACCUCAGCUCCCAAUAAUUGAGCUUAAAUUAACUAACCGAACAAAACUCAACUCAUAACGACUGAACUUCAAUCAACAUCACGUGCACACAUCUACACCCUGACGUCCUACCCCACCGACAACUCCAGAGCAACUGCUUAAGUACUCCCUCGGAGUACCUGAGUUUAGGCUGCACUACUGUGGCAGCGAAAGCCAACACCUGGUAAUGAUUCAGAUGAUGAUGAUGAUAAUAAUAAUAAUAAUAAUCAUUACAUGAUGGGACAGAUGGUGUGUUCUCACCCACUGUGUCACAUAGUGGAACUGCAGAUGUUUCUUUACUCAGUUACAUUUACCUCAACAUCAGACUGUAUGCCAAGUCAAUUCCUUGUAAGAAAAAUAAAUAUUUGA